GUACCUUGCGGAUGUUUUUUGAUCCUCGGUCUGGGCUUCGCAUGAGAGGAGAAACGGCUGUGCUUCCAUCUGGUAGUUUACUAAACGGAUUUCAUCUGCAUGCUCAUCCAUCAAUCGUUGUUGCGGCUCUGUCCCGCCCAGAGAUUGAUCACCCGGUCGAAGCUUCCCUUCCUCACUGCGACGGCUGUCCCAUGCAGACAGUCGGCGGUGACGUUCGUCACAGUGGCGCCUUCCCAACACAGCUCCCCGCCUGCGAGCCCCACUAGUAGACCCCUCAACGACAAAAUCAACUCUAGGGCUCGUCUACUUGCAGGCCAUCUCAACUCCACAGCUUCUUCUACCACAACCAUCCGUACAGCUGCCACGAAGAGCCCAUCAACCAUGUCUUACACCACCCGCAAGGUUGGCGCCGCCAACACCCUUGAGCACCGCGUCUACAUCGAGAAGGACGGCCAGCUCGUCUCGCCAUGGCACGACAUCCCGCUCUACGCCAACGAGCAGCAGACCAUCCUCAACAUGGUCGUUGAGGUGCCCCGCUGGACCAACGCGAAGAUGGAGAUCUCCAAGGAGGAGCAGCUCAACCCCAUCAAGCAGGACACCAAGAAGGGCAAGCUCCGCUUCGUCAGGAACUGCUUCCCCCACAAGGGCUACCUAUGGAACUACGGCGCCUUCCCUCAGACUUGGGAGGACCCCAAUGUUGUCCACCAGGAGACCAAGGCCAAGGGUGACAACGACCCAUUGGACGUCUGCGAGAUUGGCGAGCUUGUCGCCAAGCCCGGUGAGGUGAUCCAGGUCAAGGUCCUCGGUGUCAUGGCUCUGCUCGACGAGGGCGAGACCGACUGGAAGAUCAUGGUCAUCAACGUCAACGACCCGUUGGCCCCCAAGCUCAACGACGUAGAGGACGUCGAGCGCCACCUGCCCGGUCUUCUCCGCGCCACAAACGAGUGGUUCCGCAUCUACAAGAUCCCAGACGGCAAGCCCGAGAACCAGUUCGCCUUCUCCGGCGAGUGCAAGAACAAGAAGUACGCCAUGGACAUUGUCCGCGAGUGUGCUGAGGCCUGGGAGAAGCUUGUCACUGGCAAGACCCCCAAGGACGAGAUCAGCCUCACCAACACCACCGUCUCGCACUCUCCCGACCGCACCGAUGCCAGCUCGCUCAACGUUCCCCAGGGUGAGAACAAGGCACCUGCACCCAUCGAUGGCAGCAUCGACAAGUGGUUCUACAUCUCCGGUGCCCCAUCCAACUAAAUCUAGCGGGAGCCAUGAUGAUGACAAAAGUCUGGAUAUCAUUGGAGCCUAGGAAUGAUUGUAGACGAUAGAUAAACGUGCAUGAUUAA